AUGGAAGUUGACACCCGAAGUGAUGAUGGAAAAAUGAGGCACAGCCCAAUAAAAGACACGGAAGAUUUCAGCUUCUCAGAAGACGGAGAAGACACCACGGACUCGUUGGAAAUAAAGCCACCGCAGGCAUCUCAGCGUUCAUAUAAAUCAAAUUCUUCAAGAAGGCGUGAUAAGCAUUCUGGUUAUUCAGAUAGACUUGAUGAUAGAGAUCGCAAGCCGAGGCACCACGAUCGUGAAGAUAGACGGAGAGAAAACAAACACAAACACCGUAGACACGGUUUAGAGUCAGGAUCUGAUACUAGCGUGGCCAAGAGGGACCGCGAAAGAUCUGACCGCAGUGAAAGGUUAGAUAAUUACUCUCGCAGUGUCGUCACCAGCGAACGAGAAUUUUCUAGACAUGAAAGGAAAGGAAGAAUUAGUGAAGAUCGUGUCCUUGAGGAUUUACGCACCAGAUUACUGGACAAGAGACGAGAACGACGGGAUGACCCAAGGGAUGUACGUGACUAUAAAUCGGAAUCCCGUCGAGAGCUGCGCUUGGAAGAGACACGUGAACCACGAGACCGUCGAGAAAUAAGAGAAUCAAGGAUUGAAGACACACGUGAUAAACGGGAUGAAGUUCGCGCGGAAGAACGUCGCCAAGUACGUACCGAAGACUCGCCGUACAUUGACAGCGAGUUGGAGCAAGAACGACCUAAUCGGGAGAAAAGACAUAAACGGAGUCACAAGCAUGAUAGAGUGCGUGAUAGAGACCGCGAGCGCGAGUACCGUGAAAAACAGCGUGAAACGACCAUGGAGGUUGUUGAAGAUGAAGAGGACGAGCCAAGUCCCUUGUCGAUGCCGAUUAAAGACCCGAAAGAACUCGCGGAGCAAGAGUUACGUAAAAAGAGGUUACUCGAAGCAGACCGAGAAUUGGAACGGAGGAAAGAGGCUUCUAAAGCAGAAUUAGAAGCAAGAAGACUUAAGAGAGGAGAAAAACGUCCGCACAGUCCUGCUCCAGUUUAUAGACUAAGUGAUGAUGACCUCAGUCCUAUACAAUCUGACGAUGAUCAAUCAAAAUCUUCUAAACAAUCAUCAGAAGACCGUCAUAGUAGCAAAGAUAAGUCAUCUGAAAAACAAACAUCCGAUUCAUCGGAUUCGAGCAGCGAAGAAGAAGAAGAAGAAGACGAUGACAACGACUCAACAGAGUCGAACAAAGGUUCCAAUGAUGAAUCAAACGACGGUUCUGAUUACAGUAAUCUCAGCCCGAUAUCCGUCGACCGCCUCGUCAAGUCAGAUCACUCUGACGGAGGCUCUCCCGGUCGCAUUGUAUCAAACGGGACUGCCAAAGAACCCGAAGAAGUGAAGGAAGAACGAUUCCGGCUCAAGCUGUCUGACAACGGAAUGGAGUUGCUCUGUAAAAUGCUGACUUAUGACCCGGCUCAGCGGAUCACCGCUGAGGACGCUCUACAGCAUCCUUAUUUCACCGAGUCACCGCUGCCGAUUGAUCCCUCAAUGUUUCCAACCUGGCCUGCCAAGUCAGAGGCCAAAGACAGAUCAGCCAUAAAAGUUAAUGCUUCUCCGAAACCUCCUAGUGGCGGCAAAGAGUACAAGCAGUUGGGGGAGUAUGAUGAAGCUGAAUUAGGUCCUGCUGUUGAUGGAUUUCACAUGGGUCUUAUGGAAAGCGGUCGGCGUAGAACUGUUCCUGCUGGCGGUGGUUUUCAUCUUAAAUUUUGUUUCUCAGAGGAGGAAGCAGGUGAUACUGCUGAUUCGUUGGAUAUCAAACCACCACAGGCAGCUCUACGUUUACGUAAAUCGACGUCCUCGAGAAGACGAGAGAAACAUGGAGAGAGACGUGAUAGGCGCGAUGACAAAGAUCGCAAGUCGAGGCACCACGACCGGGAAGAUCGCCGUAGAGAAAAUAAACACAGGCAUCGUAGACACGGUUUGGAAUCUGCGUCUGACGGGUCUAAGAGAGAUCGUGACAGAUUAGAACGCUCUGAGAGACUCGAUUCUCACUCUCGUAGUGCUGCUACCAGUGAGAGAGAGUCAUCUAGGCAUGAAAGGAAAGAGAGGAACACUGGUGAUCGUGUUCUUGAAGAUUUACGUACCAGGAACUUCGUUUCAAGAUUACUUGACAAAAGACGUGAAAGACGAGAUGAUCCAAGGGAUUUACGUGAAUAUAAACCGGAAUCACGUCGGGAGUUGCGUUUGGAAGAGUCGCGCGAACCUCGAGACCGCCGAGAUAUGAGAAUGGAGGAUACGCGCGACAGACGGGGUGAUAUGAGGAUGAUGAUGGAUGACGGCCGUGGAGGAGGCGGACGAAUGGAUGACCGGCGUCAUCUACAGAGUAUCGAUGAUCCGUAUCCCGAAAAUGAGUUGAUGGAGGAGCGCUCGAAUAGAGACAAGCGGCAUAAGCGGAAUCACAAGUACGACAGAGUGCGCGAUCGGGAUAGAGAUAAAAACGACCGCGAACGCGAAAACCGCGAUAAACAGAUGCGCGAAUCAAUGAUGGAGGGUAUACAGAUCCAUGAUAUCGAAGAAUUGGAUCUCAAUGACUUGCCGCUGCAGCCCAAAGACAUUAAGGAACUUAACGAGCAGGAAAUGCGCAAGGAGAGACUACUGGAAGCUGAUCGGGAAAUGGUCAGGAGGAAGGAAGUUUCUAGAAUAGAAUUACAAGCAAGGAGAUUAAAGAGAGGGGAAAAACGUCCACAUAGUCCAGAUCAUAAUCAUGAUCAAAUUGUUGAGUUGACUGACGAUAGUCUUAGUCCUGUACAAUCAGAUGAUGACCAGUCAAAAUCUCCAAACGACCGUAUUUGGCCCGGUUACUCAAAGCUGCCAGUCGUCUCUAAGAUACCUUUUGCACAAUCUUAUCCCGUAAACAAUUUAAGACAGCGAUUCAGUCUAAAGUUAUCUGACAACGGAAUUGAAUUGCUGAAUAAAAUGCUGACCUACGACCCGGCGCAACGUAUGACUGCUGAGGACGCUCUUCAGCAUACUUAUUUCACGGAGACUCCGCUGCCAAUAGACCCCGCGAUGUUCCCUACCUGGCCUGCCAAGUCGGAGCUUGGCAUCCGCGCGACCACUAAUGCUUCUCCUAAGCCACCCAGUGGUGGUAAAGAGUACAAACAGCUUGGCGACAAUGACGAUGCUGAGAUCAAUGCUUCUGGUGGAUUUCAUAUGGGUCUUAUGGAAAGCGGCCGCGGCGCAGCGCCUGUCGGUGGUGGUUUUCAUCUCAAGUUUUGGUAA